CCACCUCUAGAGGCAGUCAUGAGCUCAGACGCAGACUCGGGGGCGGGGCUGGGUAGGGCGGAUGUGCAUUUUUUGACAGCUCUCAUGUUUGCUAGUUUUAGUAAGCAUAAGUGCUCGUGAUAUUCGCCUCUAUUUCUAUGGAAUAUCAGCCAAAUACCAACAAAUACAGCCCAUCGGAUAACAAAUAUUAUUGGGUGCCUACGUUCCAUACAUAACUAUAUUGAUAGAUUAGUCCUAUUUCCUUGCUGUUUUAGAAGUUAGCAUUAGCUUAGCGGCUAGCAGUUAUUUUUUUUUUUAUUUUUAGCAUCUAGCUAAGCGGAAGUUUUAUUUCCAUGCAAGUUGACGAUGACGGCUGCAGAUGAGCGGCCUUGAUACGUGCUCGCGUCGGAUGAGUGGUGGAAAAUGUCGUGUAAAUCGACCAAAGUGGCCCCCAGCGUUGACUUCGACCACAGUUGUUCCGACAGCGUGGAAUAUCUGACGCUCAAUUUUGGUCCUUUCGAGACCGUCCACCGUUGGAGAAGGCUGCCUCCGUGUGAUGAGUUUGUCGGAGCGAGGCGCAGCAAACACACUGUUGUGGCAUAUAGGGACGCAAUCUACGUGUUUGGAGGGGACAAUGGCAAGAACAUGUUGAAUGACUUGCUCCGCUUUGACGUGAAGGAUUGCUCCUGGUGUCGGGCCUUCACCACAGGAACGCCACCGGCUCCCCGCUAUCACCAUUCAGCUGUCGUCUACGGCAGCAGCAUGUUUGUUUUUGGAGGCUAUACGGGAGACAUAUACUCCAACUCAAACCUCAAAAACAAAAAUGAUCUUUUUGAGUACAAGUUUGCAACGGGACAGUGGACCGAGUGGAAAGUGGAAGGGAGCUUGCCAGUGGCUCGGUCUGCUCACGGCGCGACCGUUUACAGCGAUAAAUUGUGGAUAUUUGCGGGUUACGAUGGGAACGCCAGGUUGAAUGAUAUGUGGACCAUCAGUCUGCAGGACAGAGAGCACGCAUGCUGGGAAGAGAUCGAACAGAGCGGCGAGAUUCCUCCAUCUUGCUGCAACUUCCCCGUAGCCGUAUGCAGGGACAAGAUGUUUGUGUUUUCGGGUCAGAGUGGAGCCAAGAUAACCAACAACCUCUUCCAGUUUGAGUUCAAUGGCCACAUGUGGACACGCAUACCCACUGAACAUUUACUACGAGGCUCUCCGCCACCGCCGCAGCGGCGUUACGGCCACACGAUGGUCGCCUUCGAUCGCCACCUGUAUGUGUUUGGCGGUGCUGCUGACAACACUCUGCCCAACGAGCUGCACUGCUAUGACGUGGACUCUCAAAGCUGGGAGGUCAUCCACCCCAGCCUGGAUAGCGAGAUGCCCAGCGGGAGGCUUUUCCAUGCAGCUGCAGUGAUUCAAGACGCUAUGUACAUAUUUGGCGGGACUGUGGACAACAAUGUUCGCAGUGGGGAGAUGUACAGGUUUCAGUUUUCCUGCUAUCCUAAAUGUACUCUCCACGAAGACUACGGCAAAUUGUGGGAGAACCGUCAGUUCUGUGAUGUGGAAUUUAUUCUAGGAGAGCGGGAGGAACGAGUUCUGGGGCAUAUCGCCUUCGUGACCGCGAGAUGCCAGUGGCUACGCAAGAAAAUCCUGCAGGCUCAGGACAGACAGCGACAGAGGACCAAACAGGACAGCUAUGAGGAGAGUGAGGAAGGCGCCGCCGGUGGAAGGACGCGCAGGCUGUCGGGCAGACAGCCAAUGCUGGAGGUCGCCAUCAGAGAAGCGGAAGCCCAGCCUUUUGAAGUCUUGAUGCAGUUUCUCUACACGGACAAGAUCCAGUACCCACGCAGAGGUCAUGUCCAGGAUGUUCUCCUAAUCAUGGACGUUUACAAACUGGCCCUGAGUUUUAAGCUCUCCCGCUUGGAGCAGCUGUGUGUUCAGUACAUUGAGGCUUCUGUCGACCUGCAGAACGUUCUGAGCGUCUGUGAAAAUGCCAACAAGCUCCAACUCGACCAGCUGAAGGAGCAUUGCCUCAAUUUUGUGGUGAAGGAAUCGCACUUCAACCAGGUGAUCAUGACGAGGGAGUUCGAACGUCUUUCCACGCCGCUGAUUGUGGAGAUAGUCCGCCGAAAGCAGCAGCCGCCCCCCAGGCUGUACUCGGACCAGCCCGUGGACAUCGGCACCUCCCUGGUGCAGGACAUGAAGGCUUACCUGGAGGGAGGGGGCCAGGAGUUCUGUGACAUCAUUCUGCUGUUGGACGGACACCCAAGACCUGCGCAUAAGGCCAUACUGGCGGCUCGGUCCAGUUAUUUUGAGGCCAUGUUCCGCUCGUUCAUGCCAGAGGACGGCCAAGUAAAUAUCUCCAUCGGAGAGAUGGUGCCGAGUAAGCAAGCGUUUGAGUCCAUGCUGCGCUACAUCUACUAUGGAGACGUCAACAUGCCUCCAGAGGAUUCUCUUUAUCUGUUUGCGGCACCGUAUUAUUACGGCUUUUCAAAUAACAGGCUGCAGGCGUACUGCAAGCAGAACCUGGAGAUGAAUGUCACCGUGGAGAAUGUUUUGCAGAUUCUGGAGGCGGCUGAUAAGACGCAAGCGCUGGACAUGAAGAAACACUGCCUCCACAUCAUCGUCCACCAGUUCAUCAAGGUAUCCAAGCUCCCCAACCUGCGAUCCCUCAGCCAGCUGCUGCUGCUGGACAUCGUCGAGUCUCUAGCGACACACAUAUCCGACAAGCAGUGUGCCGAGAUGGGCUCCGACAUUUAGGAUGAUGGCAAGAGACCUGCACUUUUCUUUUUGUCCUCCUUUCCCAAAAGCUGUUUACGACAUCUUCUCCACGCCAUUCCUCCCUUUCUCUCUUUACUUUGCACCUUGCAUGUUUCAAUCUUGCACAUGCCUCAUUUGUUUGCUAGCAAGGUGAUUUGUUCCUUGUUCAGCAAAAUUUAAGUAAUUUAAUUUAUUUUGUUCACAAAAACGGGUUCAAACUUCUUGCAUGUUUGUUUUACAUAUUAUUUUACUCCAAGUAUUUCACCGUGUCCCUUAACAGCUGGAACUACCAAACUAUGCGGCUUGUACUUGACGGGUCAGCAUUAUUACAUUACACCAUUACAAUUGUGAUAUUAUUAUGUACUUGAUAUACUGCACUGCAUUAUAAAAAUCAUUAUUGGUAACUGUGUGUGAUGUUAACCACCACUAUCACUCAGAUUUAUUUAUCUGACAAUACAACAAGGUAUCUUUAGUGCCAUCUGUUUAUAAAUAUUGUUUAUAAAUAUUUACCCGGGUUGAAAUGUAUUGAA